CAAUAAGCCAUAAAGCAUUUGCUGCUCGUACACCUUCCAUAGCUCUCGAACAUCAAAUCUUCCUCUAUAAUUACGUCUCUUUCAAUGUUCUAGUCCUUUGAGCGCCCUACAAAUUGUUUCAUUCGCCGCCCUUCCCUCAGGGCGAGCAACACUGCCACUGUCCUCCUUUCCAACACACGUCUCACAAUGUCCAACUUCCUAAAUCAGGACUUCGGUUCGGAGUCAGAAGACGACAAUGACUUCAACCCCGUUCAAGAACAGGGCUCAGAUAUCGAGGAUGACGACAACUCGGAGGCUGGGGUGAAUGGCAAGCGAGACAGUGAUGUCGGUUCUCCGCGGCGCAAACGGGACGAAGAGAGUGGAGGUAGUCGCAAGCCGAAAGCGCGUUUCGGACUAGAAGACGAUGAAGAGGAUGAGGAGGACGAUGCGGAAGGACUAGGCGAGGACGUGGAGAAUAAUGAUGACGAGGACGAGGAUGAGGAUGACGAAGAGGAUGAGGAGGAGGAAGAAGAAGAAGAAGAAGAAGAAGAAGACAGGCCUCGAAAGCGAUUGAAGCGCAGAAAGCGAAACCAAUUCAUAGAUGUAGAAGCCGAAGUCGACGAAGAGGAGGACGAGGAGCUUGAGGAGGACGAUGAGGAGAUCGUUAACGAGCUUCACCCUGACGAUGCAUUGGAUCUUCCUCCAGGCACCGAGCACGACGAUCGUAGACACCGAGAGCUUGACCAGCUACGCGAGCGGGAGCAGGCAAAAGACGCCGAAGAGCAGGCGAGAAUCUACGCUGAGCGAUAUGGACGCAACAAAUACACGGGGGGUAGUGGUAGCGACGUGGCAGUCACGCCGCAGCACUUGCUGCUGCCCAGCGUGCAUGACCCUCCCAUCUACGCCAUCAAAGUCAAGAUCGGCAAAGAGAUCGAAGUCGUGAACUCGAUCAUGAAGCGAUACGCUGAACGCAAGGAUUCGCGUGAUCCGCUACGGAUUCUUUGCGCCUUUUCUCGGCCAGACACCGCCAUGAGCGGCUAUGUCUACGUCGAAGCUCGUACUCAGAUGGAUGUUCUGCAUGCCACGGAAGACAUUCAGAACUGCUACGCCCGCAAUUCGAUCACGCUUCUCAAUAUUUCCGAGCGCCCAGAUCUACUGCGCGUAGUCGCGCCAAAGGAUGUUGACGUUGGCAUGUGGGUGCGAGUUAAGCGCGACCCGUUAUAUGCGGGCGAUCUCGCCAAAGUCUACUCCGUAGAGGAUAAUGCUGGCACGAUGGAGCUGCAGCUUGUGCCGCGCCUGGACUACACCGAGGACGAUGGAGUGGGUGCAUUUGGCAAGCGGAAGAGAAAUGCUGUCCGACCUCCCGCUCGCCUUUUCAACGAGCACAAAGCUCGUGCAGUCGGCAACGGCCGCUAUCUCUCAACCGUAGGCGGCUUUUCUGCCGGACGCACGUUUUCAUUCAGGAAUCAGACGUACGAGAAGGGUUUCCUGAUCAAGGCUUUCAAGUUCAAGGACGUCGAGCUGGAUAUCGUGAAUCCCACUCUAGAAGAGGUAGCCAAAUUUGCAGAGGAAGACGAAAGCGGCAAUGCAAACCUUGACCUGACGGCCAUUGCGCAGACGCUCAAGACAGUCACGGGAGACUACCUCGCCGGUGACAAGGUUGAGAUCUACCAAGGCGAGCAACAAGGGGUAUCAGGCAAGGUUGUUGCGGUAAGAGGUGAUAUCGUCACACUCGAAGUCGAUCAGGGCUCGAUGAAAGGACAGAAGAUUGAUGCACCUAUGAAGGAUCUAAGAAAGAAGUUUAGGGAGGGUGAUCACGUCAAAGUUACUGGCGGCGCGAGCAAAUACAAGGACGAAGUUGGUAUGGUGGUACGCAUCAAAGAUGACCGCGUCACGAUCGUCACAGACGCAACGCAAGAUGAGGUGCACGUCUUUAGCAGGGACUUGCGGCUCACAGGCGAGGCCGGAUCAACACCGAUUGGCAGCAGGUACAAUUUGCAUGACCUAGUUCAGCUGGAUGCCACUACCGUCGGUUGUGUAGUGAAAGUGGACAAAGAGUCUCUGCGCGUCCUCGAUCAGAAUGGACAGGUGCGAACAUUGCUUCCCAGCAACAUAUCGAACAAGCUUGAGCGACGGAAAAAUGCCGUAGCGACCGACCGCGAGGGCUCCGAGAUCCACGUCGACGACACUGUCAAAGAGUGGAUGGGCGCUCAGCGACAAGGACACGUCUUGUACGUGCACCGCAACUUUUUGUUCAUCCUCAAUCGCUCCCAGGUUGAAAAUGCGGGAAUGUUCGUCACGACGUCGCAGAAUGUACAGACGGUCGCGGCAAAGGGAGGCAAGAUCAACAAUGUUGGACCUGACUUGACGAAGAUGAAUCCCGCGCUUCAAAGAAAUGGUCCUAACGGCGGAGCGCCUCCCUCGAUGCCGCCUCCCAAGACGGUGGGACGCGAUCGACUGAUUGGCAAGACUGUUACAAUUGCCAAGGGCCCGUACAAGGGGCUUCUGGGCAUAGUCAAAGAUACUACGGACACGAAAGCACGUGUGGAGAUUCACUCCAAGAAGAAGGAUUUGACGUUCGAGAAAGACAUCCUCCGUAUCAAGGACCCCAUCACAGGCCAAUCAAUCAGUCUUGGACGUGGUGGCCCCAGACCUCCACCCGGUGGUCCUGCACCCGGCGGCUUUGGACGAACACCUAUGGCGAGUCGCGUUCCUGGUGGUAUGGCCACAGGACGUACUCCGGCUGCUGCUGGUGGCGAUACUUGGGGUGCUGGAGGACGCACGCCAGCGGCUGCUGGGUUGAGCGGAGGGAGAACACCGGCGUGGGGUAGAGGUCCUGUGGAUAAUUCUGGGGGUGACAGUUGGAGAGUUGGUGAUGGUGGACGCACGAGCUACGGCGGCGAUGGGUCCAGGACAGUAUAUGGUGGUAACGACGGAAGCAGGACAAGUUAUGGAGGCGCUGAUGGGAGCAGAACUGCUUACGGUGGCAGCGCAUGGAGUACCUCCUCUAGAACGCCCUAUUCUGGAAAUGCUGGCUACUCUGGAAACGACUAUGCUUCUGGCUCCAAGACACCACUUGGUGUCUGGGGCGCUUCCGGGGGCCGUACUCCAGCGUACACGGGCAACUCCAGCACAACCAGCUACAACAGUGCCCCCACGCCAGGUGCAGGUCCCACUCCGUACAAUUCAGCGCCAACGCCAGGAGCUUACGCUGCACCUACGCCCGGUGCGAUGGACGGCCCAACACCACGGCCGUAUGGUGAUUUCAGGACGCCAGGAGCGGUUGCUGCGCCAACGCCUGGUGCUGGAUACCCUGAGACACCAGGGGCGUUUGCAGCGGAGACGCCUGCAGCGUGGGAGGAUGAUGGGCCGAGAUACGAGUAAUGUGACUGGAGAGAGCCUGACCAUAGCUAUGGAGGGUUUUCCAUGUCGUGGAAGGAUUUGCGUGGGGCAUGAUCAAAGGCAUAUAUGUUGCCAAGCAUAGUCUUCCUCAGGUCUGCCUUUUCAAAAAAGAAAAAAAAAAGCAUAUCCAGGAUCGGCGUUUUCCCAGCGAAAGGCAUGAAGCAAAUGCCGUCCUCGGACCAAAAUCAAACUUUUUUCGAGGGUGCAUAGAGUAUGUAAAAUUAUUUCCGGCCUGAUUUAGCUUGCAUAUGUGACAGACAUGUAUCCCAGAAACGGAAAAAUUUACGCUGUUGCUAAGGCUGAUUAGCCCUUCUUUCA